UGCGGGGCCAUGUCUAGAAUCUGGAUGACGAGAUCUACGAGCAGAGGACAACAAGUCUCUAUUUAUCCUCAGUUCUCCCAUCUCUCUCUCUCUCUCUAUCUAUCUACACCCCAUUCCAGUCAUCAUGCCUCUUGUCGCCCAGAGCCCCAAGCCCCGUGUCAUCCUCGGGUUAAUGACCUUCGGCCCGGACCCGUCCACCGGCGCCCGCAUCACCUCCCUGGAUGACUACAAGAAAUGCCUUGACCACCUCCAAUCGCGGGGCUACAACGAGGUCGACACGGCGCGCCUCUACAUCGGCGGCCAGCAGGAAGCUUUCACCGCGGCCGCCCAAUGGAAAGAGCGUGGCCUGACGCUCGCAACUAAGUGCUACCCCAGAGAGCCUGGGCAGCACACGCCGGCGAGGCUGACGGAGUCACUGGAAACGAGCCUGGCGGAGCUGAAGACCGACUGUGUGGACAUAUUUUAUCUGCACGCGGCCGACCGCUCCGUGCCGUUCGCCGAGACGCUCGAGGCCGUCAACAAGCUGCACAAGGCGGGUAAGUUUGUGCGGCUCGGCCUGUCCAACUUCACGGCCUUCGAGGUGGCCGAGGUCGUCAUGACGUGCAAGGCCAACGGCUGGGUUCGCCCCACCAUCUACCAGGGCAUGUACAACGCCGUCACGCGCGGCAUCGAGACGGAGCUGAUCCACGCCUGCCGCCGCUACGGCCUCGACAUCGUCGUCUACAAUCCGCUUGCCGGCGGCAUCUUCAGCGGCAAGUACUCGGGUGCUGCGGGCGAUGUUCCCGCCGAGGGCCGCUACAGCGACGCGGUUGGCACUAUGGGCCAGAUGUACCGCGCGCGCUACUUCAAAGAUGCUACGUGGGAGGCGCUGCGCCUCAUCGAGCCCGUCGCCAAGAAGCAUAACCUCACAUUGCUGGAGACUGCGCUGCGUUGGUGCGUCCACCACAGCCAGCUCAAGGUCCUGGACGGCAACGACGGCAUCAUCAUCGGCGUUAGCAGCCUCUCCCAGCUCGAGAGCAACCUGACGGAUCUGGAGAAGGGUCCUUUGCCCGAGGAGGUGGUGAAGGCGCUGGACGACGCGUGGUUGAUCACGAAGCCGACAGCGCCGAACUACUGGCACCUGGACCUGAAGUAUACGUAUGAUACGAGGAAGGCACUGUUUGGUUAAGGCAUAAUGCCGGUAAAGUUUUCAACUGCAAAACCGCUCUAGACUUGUACAGUUAGAAACAUGUCCGAUGUACAUCACGCACAUACGUAAAUGCAUACACGCAGACGAAAUCCAAGAAAUGGAUAUAUCACACAAAAUCCAUGCAUUCAAAG